AUUCUGUUACACACAAAGAAGAUGGUUUUGCUGGCUCUGUAAGCACAAAAAGGGAAGAGGAAAAUUGUUAAAGGCAGAGUGGAUAUGACUUGAAUUUUUCAGCAGGAUCUCAGCACUAUUACUAGGGGUGAAGAACCAUCUCCUUCCAGCCAGUUUUCCAAUAACUUCAAAAAAAGAAUUAAGGUUGGAAAUAACCCCUUUCUGGCCAGAGAGCUGGUGAGCCUUUAAUUUAAGAUUUAACUUUUUCACUUGGUGAUACAUUCAACCCCAUCAAGAUAUUCUGCUGAACCUAAUUCUUCCCAGUAAUAUUAGUUUUAUAACAGAACUGUGCUAAAAUCAGAUUUUUUUGCUUGACUCCUGUUUAAGUUGGAGCUGAAAGAAGAAUCAACUCUGUGUCUCUUGGGUACAUGCUGCAAAAAAAUUUAAGGGCAUCAUUUGUCAAGCUUGUACAACAGUGAACAGUGUGUAGGGAAAUGAAACAACCCUUGGUAACUCCUGACAGAGAAAUGACUUCGUGUACAACUACGAUGUGAUCUGUGUUUGGUCUACAUUUUUCUCAAGUUAGAUUGAGGAAAAAGGCCGUGCUUCCUUCAGUGCAUCAGCAGAACAGGAAACUGCCUCAAAAAUAUCAUUCCUAGAGGUGUUGUAUACCACCUGAGCCCAAGCACACAUAAUUUUGAUCAGUUCAGGAGGAUUUGGUGUAUUAGCUCACACUGCUUUGUAGGUUUGAAGACAAUAUAAGUGUGAUGUCUAAGCUAGCAAUGUGGUGGCAGGACCCAGCUCUUCUUUCCUGAUUAUACAAAAGCAACUAAUUAUCCUCACCGGAAUUCACUGACCUUGCUAAAUCUUCAGCGGAGACAGACCUUAAAAUAUUUGAUUCUGAAAAGCAAACUUUAUCCACAGUUGGUAGAAGAGGAUUUGUAUGAAAAUGCCCACACAAGUUUAACCAGAGCUGCUGUCACUGCUGUUUCUUGUACACCACAGUCCCAGGUCUCUGUCAGAGCAGAACCUCAGAAAGCUGACAUCCACCUCCAUCCACAGGUAAUUAUAACCCCACUAAUAACCACUCACUUUGCCAGUACUGUGAUUAAUCACAUUAGAUUUGCUCAAAACCUGAAGGACACCGACUGGAGUAACAGACCCACAGUAAUCACUGCUUUGAAAAGCUCCAUGCCAAGUAUAUUCUAAAUAACACGAGGUUUUGUCCAUAGGUUGGGAGAUGCUUCAUGAUGGAUAAAGCCAUUCAGCACCCCAGUGAGAUCCUGCCCAACCAAUCUGUCUCCAACUUUAGCUUUUCUCAGUUUCUGAACUUUGACACAUGCCAGCUUUCCUUCCUUGCAGAGUUCUUGCUUAUUACAGCUUACACCUUAGUUUUACUAGUGGGGCUUUUUGGGAAUCUUUGCUUGAUUAUUGUAAUAAAGAGGAGGAAAGAAGCUCAAAAUGUUACCAACAUUUUGAUCGCCAACCUCUCUUUAUCAGAUGUCUUGAUCUGUAUCAUGUGCAUCCCUGUCACGGUUGCAUACACCUUAAUGGACCACUGGAUAUUUGGGGAAGCAAUGUGUAAAAUGGGUUCUUUCAUACAAAGUUUAUCUGUCACGGUCUCCAUUUUCUCCCUUGUGCUCAUUGCUGUUGAGAGGUAUCAGUUAAUUGUGAACCCACGUGGCUGGAAGCCCAACAUUUCACACGCUUACUGGGGAAUUCUUUUCAUCUGGGGGCUCUCCCUCGUAAUAUCCCUUCCUUUUUUAAUAUUUCACCAGUUGACAGAUGAGCCCUUCAAACACCUGUCUUUCCACAGUGAUUUCUACAAGAACAAGGUGGCUUGCAUCGAAGCGUGGCCCUCUCUCACAGAGAGGCUGAUUUUCACCACCAGCCUGCUGGUUUUCCAGUACUGCUUCCCCCUGGGGUUUAUUUUCAUCUGCUACCUCAGGAUAUUUGUGUGUCUUCGAAGGAGACGCUUUAAGAUAGACAGGAUGAGGGAGAACGAGAGCAGGCUGGGUGAAAACAAAAGGAUUAACAUGAUGCUGGUGUCAAUUGUUGUGACUUUUGCAGCUUGCUGGUUGCCUCUCAAUAUAUUCAACGUGGUUUUUGACUGGAACUACGAGGCACUGAUGAGCUGCAAUCACAACCUGGCAUUUACCAUCUGCCACCUCGUGGCCAUGGUCUCAACAUGUAUCAACCCCAUCUUCUAUGGAUUUCUGAACAGGAACUUUCAGAAGGAUUUGAUAGUAUUAGCUCACCACUGCACAUGCUCAGCAUCCCAGGAGGAAUAUGAGAAUAUUGCCCUUUCAAAUCUGCAGACUGAUGCAUCUAAGGGGUCUCUGAAAUUAAAUAAUCCCCGUGUGGAUAUAUAAAACAAUCCAACAGCAGCUUCCAAAAUUUUGUGUUUUGUUGCAGGUGGCCUCUUUCUGUAGGUCUUGGUCACGUUACCACCAAGUUUAGAGGGAGUUUUUGCCAUUUAGUUCAGCAAAACCAGGAUUAUGCUCCCACAGGCAUACUCUUAACAGGUCCUUAAUGAUAGUAUUAAUGCUAAUAAACCACUUCCAAGAGUCAGAAAGAUCAAUAAUAAGGAAUUAUAAACAGUAUUAACAUCUUACUUUUUUAAUCCACAGUUUCAAAGUGACUGGCAUCCAACCUUGGCUCCAAAAAAUCAUUUCCAUUUCAACCACUGAUGGGAUGUCCUCCCUAAACCCCAGCUUCCAAGUAAACCCUGAACACUGGGGUGUUCCUGACUUCAGCAUCCUUUCUCAUAGUUCUCUGGCCUUUUGAUUUUCCUACCCUACA